UGAUGGUCGACCGGUUUGCCCUCGAGCUCUCCUUCAUGUACUGGCACGUGUGACGCAUGGUCCAGCGCAUGUUGGAAGAGGGGUGAUGAAUGAUGUUAUUCGCUCACAGUGGUUUGCUCCAGGCAUUACUCAAGUUUCACAAACACUUGUGGAUAGUUGUAUGAUAUGUCAACAGACCAGAAAAAAGAAUAGCACAGUGAAACAUGACCACUUAGAACCCCCAUCAGGUCCUUUUGUAAAUAUGCAAAUAGAUUUUGUACAUAUGCCAAGCUCACAAGGCUUCAAAUACUUGCUAGUCAUAACCGACAGGUUCUCGAAGUGGGUAGAAGCUUUUGCAACGAAAAAAGAAGAUGCAAGAACAGUUGUAAAGUGUCUGCUAAAAGAGGUAAUCCCUAGGUACGGAGUGCCGCAGGGAAUAGAUAGCGACAGAGGUCCAGCUUUUGUGUCAAAAAUCACUCAGGGACUGUCAGAAAUCUUAGGAUUUAAGUGGCAGUUACAUGUUCCUUAUCAUCCACAGAGUUCAGGUCAAGUUGAGAGAAUGAAUGCAACUAUCAAAGACAGAUUGACCAAAACAGUCCUAGCCACAGGCCUGAAAUGGCCUGAUGCACUGCCGAUUGUGCUGUACUCCAUUCGGAGUGCACCAAGUGCAACUACAGGACUGAGUCCUCACGAGGUGCUGAUGGGAAGACCAAUGUCCACAGGGACAAGUCCCCCACUGACACCACACAAAGCUACUCUGCUUUGGACGGAUGAGUUCAUGACUGAGUAUGUGAAAAGACUAACAGAGAUUUUGAGAAAGUAUCAUUUACAGGUGGCUGACAGACUCCCCAAACCAUCGGAAGAACCAAUUCAUUCCUUUCGAGAAGGUGACCUGGUAUUAAUCAAAUCUCUGGAAAAAGUGUCUUUGUCUCCUAGGUGGAAAGGUCCAUACCAGGUGCUGCUGACUACUAGGACGGCCCUGAAGGUCGAAGGCAGAGCAGAAUGGAUCCACGCCACAAGGUGCAGACUGGCCCCCCCAACCACUGGCGGAGGAGAGCAGAGCCCUGGCAGGUAACCGGAUGGUUACUCCUUUUUUCUCUCCUGUUUAGUAGGUUCGGGCAGGGGACAGGUCAAGUCGGUCCAAAUGAGAGAGAGACAGGAGUCUCUCUGAUUCCAGGCGAAGGAGAGCGGAAAGGCUUUCCUUCUCAUGACACAGUCGGUGCCAUGAACCCAGUGCCCCAUGGACAGGGGCGCCCUUUGCAGAAUGAUCCAGAAAAUGCAGACCAAGAGCCAGAUCUUGGACAUACGGACAAAUCAAUGAGCCCAUUGGGACUCUACAACACUUUACUUUUUCUCGAGGUAGAUGGCGGUGGUCUACAUAUGAUAAAACACUGUUUGAGACGAAGCAGAGUUCAUCCACGUCGACGAAGAUCUUGGAGUGCAAAUUUCCAGGAGAAGGGGGGAGAACUGGUAAGCUGUAAGUUCAUGGAGAAUGAUGAUUACCCCUGGAGUGGUUACUUUGCAUCCACUAACACAAUUGCUCCAACUAAAUCUGAACCAAGGGUGCAAAACAAAUUACUGCGUAGCGCUCAGCAACCAGUAGUGCGAAAAGAAAAUUCAGCCCUUAGUCUUAUGCUUGAUUAUGCGCGUGAUCGUAAUCUCAGUAAGUGUUGGCUAUGUCAAAAUAUGCCAGCUUCAAUACAUUCUCCAAUGUCUAAUCCAAUUCCAUUCACCAAAGCUGAUUAUGAGACGUUCAAUUGGAAUGAUCUUGCUUCAAGAUUUAGAGAAGAAGCAGACGAUUGCUAUACUCCAACAUAUCCUGUGGAUGUUAAGUCAUCACAAAAUACAGAUAUUGCUCUAUACGUUGCAAGAACGGUAAAUGACAAAUAUCUGCCAAGCGGAUUUAAUUUCACCACUCUUCUCCGCAUCAUUCACAUACAAAGAUAUGUGAAACUAGGCUUUGAGUACAGAGUUCAGGUUGCUCUAGCUCAAACUAACUGUUCAAAACCUUCUGAAAAUCAAGUGUGUGUUCCCCAACCAUAUACAACCACUGCUAUGGCUGAAGCUCUAGUUUAUGUGCAACCAUGGGCUGGCACCUUAUCCAUAGGGCCAGUCAAGAUUCAGUUACGCAACUGUUCGGCGCCACAACAAAACGAGCAAAGACCUCAGCGUGACUGCUCAACUUAUCUUCCCCCUGUCUUCACUCAUGAGCUACAAAAUGUUUCUUUAUGUUUCAGAGGGAUAGGGAAGGGACAUGAAGACUUAGGACAAAGUAGCUGUAACACUGUGGUAGAUGUCACUCUUAAACAGUCCCCACUGCCUGAGAGAGUGUAUCUAGUUUGUGGUGACAGGGCCUAUCGGUGCGUGCCGUAUGAAGACUCACGCGGUGUCUGUUAUUUGGCGUACUUAAUUCCCCUAAUCAGAGAAGUAGAAUCUACUGAGAUAGCUUCACUGUAUCCACCGUUACACAUAUACAAGAGAGAAAUCUCAUCAACUCAGAAAGUAGCCAGCUUCCUUCUCCCUUGGUAUGGUGUGUAUGUGUCCCAGCAAGAGCUCUCAUCUCUCUCCAAAGUCCUAGAAAAUCAUCUUAAUGCCUCAAGCAGAGCUAUGUUAGCCGAACACAAAGAGUUGCAGGAAGUCAAAACAGUAGCUCUACAGAAUCGCAUGGCUCUUGAUCUCCUGUUAGCGGCUCAAGGAGGAACUUGUAAGCUCAUAGGCUCUGAAUGUUGUUCCUACAUCUCUGAUGCAACUGCUGACGUCAUGGACAUGGCACAUGACACAGCACUGGGUAUCAAAGAAUUGCAUGAUAGUCAUGGUUUUAACCUUGGUGAUUUUUCAGGUGUCUUUGGGUCAUGGGGGUCCGGAUUGGUCAGGUUCCUGACCACUCUUGCUGUUGCUGUCUUCCUUUUCAUCCUCCUCUGCUCAUGUGUAGGUUUGAUAAUCAAGCUGGUAGUGAAAAAGACCACAGGGUCUGUACUCCAAGCAGCCCAGGUGCAUGUCACUGGAAACACUGCAGAUCAUAAUCACACAGGUUUGAGGUAUUAUGAUUUUGAAACUUUCCAGGACUGGAUGAGGCGUUUUCACCCAGGUAUCAUUUCAGAUGAGGAGGAGGAAACUCAAAAUCUAGGAUCACUCCAGGAGGAUGGAUUCCACAUCACCAUGCAUCGUAUGUGCUAGUAACCUCUCCAUGGUGAUGGCCCUCUACUGUACGCAAAGUGCAUGGGUUGAAGACUUCACUUUGUGAUUGAUUUGUUUUAUUGUUAUGAUGUAAUCAAAUGUUUGUAUGACUCCCCUUUAAGUUGCUAGGAUUCCAUCUAGUAAGAGGCAG